AUGGAGGGAAGCAAGCUCGGCCUACUCAUCGGCCGCUUCAUUCAGCUCGCAUGCGCCGCCAUUGUGCUCGCCAUGGCCGCGUCCACGUACAAUGGCGUCCACCUUCGGAAAGACCUCUGCGAUGCCCGCAACGAAAAGAACGUCAACUGCGGCCGACUGUACUCUCGCUACCCAUCGACCCUGGGUUUCACAGCAUUUGUCGGCGCUUUCGGUCUUCUCGAUGCCUUCGUCGGCCUGAUCGCAGCUUUCGUCAGCUUCGUCCCUUUCCUCGUCGCGCUUGGCGGGGAUGCGCUUGCGGCCAUCUUCUAUCUCGCUGGUGGCAUCAACUUCGCCAUCCUGUACAGCCACCCUGCUCCGACCACCGAAGGCCGGUGGCGCCCAUGUGGCAGUGGCCGCGACUACGACCUCCUCUCGCCAUGCUCUCGCUUCACCGCAGCCACGGCAUUCAUGUUCAUCGGAUUCCUCGCCACCAUCAUGGCUGCUGCUCUCGGCUUCAUCGCCAAGCGGUCGGGAAGUAUUCGCGGCCAUUGA